CAGACAUCUGCACUGCAGUAUUGAUUUAUCUCUUUUGUAACUCUCAGUGCGUCUCGAAAUCUUCGGCGGAUCGCACGCUAAUCUUAAACAUGAUGAUACGCAAUUGUUUUCUUCGUAUCUUCAAUUCAUUCUUUAUUUUCUCUUCAUAUUUCAUUUUCACAUUUUCUGUACGUAUUUUCUCAUCAUUCUGCAUUCAGACAAUCAAUACUUCUAAAGCGAUGAUGGGAAUCAAACAGGAUCAUGAGAACAGCACUGGAGCGUGUUGUUUGGAGCAGAAGUACAAACCAGGGACCCUCGUAUGGGCGAAGGUCUUCGGAUACCCAUACUGGCCCGCAAUGAUUGAAGAUGAUCCUGAUGAAGGCACUUACAGCAAAGAUCUUACAACAGCACCGAAAUUUCACGUUGGGUUCUUCGACACUCCUGCUUCUAGAGCUUGGCUUGCCUCUAUAGAUAUCCGACCAUUUCACUUAUCACCUCCGAUACAGAAAAAUAGAAAAUCUGUAUCGUCAAAAAAAUAUAGAAAUGCUGUAUUGGAGGCUGAGAAGGCCGAAAAGAUGACAAAUGAGGAAAGGAGGCUCGAGAAGCACAGCUUCGCAGUUCAGCGAAAAAUCGAGAUGAAAAUAAAGCGAAGCGAGUAAGGAGGAAGAGGAGUGUCCAGAAAGGUAUGUAUAAUUCAAUUUUUUUUUCUCUCUCUUAUGAAAAAUAGCAUUAACUUAAAUCUCAAUGCUGAGAAGAUAAAUCAAAGGCUCCUUUUUGAGAGCGCCAUAUAUUCAUUUUUUGCUGUUGUUACUAUAACGAAAUAAGGAACAAAGGUAGGAAAGUGUCUGGGACGACUAAAAAAAAUAUAACACAGCCUCAUCAUCAAAGCGGACUCAAAAAUCAUUUGGCUCAUUCAAAUUAUUUGAAACUGAUUACUGAUUAUUUCUAUAUAACUAUAUAUUUUACACAGUAAAGAAUUUAUGUCCGAGUGAAACAUACUUAGAUUGAUAACUAAGAUCAUACAUAUGAUUGACCAUUUUUCACAACACAUUUGCCCGCGAAUAAAAAAAAAGAAACCAUUCGAUAUUUUAAAUUUUGUUGGACAGAAAAAAAUUAUACAGAAUAAGUGAUUGAUUCGUCAAGGACACCACAGAAUCAUGGCUUUCAGUACUUACUAUCAAAUCCCACAUGAAAUUAAAUGUGGUUGCAAUGCCGUAUUUCUGUGAAUUAUUUUUUAAUUUCAUGGAAUUACAUUAGUUUUAUUAUUUAUUUGUAUAAAUUUUUAUAGAAUGUAUGGAAAUAAUUAUAAUAU